AUGGGGACAAAGUCGAACACAAUCAAGGGUCUGGAUAAGAAGAGAUCAAUAGAGCAAGAAUGGAGUUCAAUUUAUGCCUCCAAAAACUCUCUCAGCCGACUUGACUUCCCACCCCAUUUCAUCUUUGGACCCGCCACUUCUGCUUUCCAGGUUGAAGGAGCUUGGAAUGAGGGUGGUAGGGGUCCUAGUAUGUGGGAUGUUUUCUCUCGCGCUCCUGGCAAUAUCCGUGAUGGGAGCAAUGCAGAGAUAGCUGUGGAUCAAUAUCAUCGUUACAAGGAAGAUAUUGAGCUGGUAGCCAAAAUGGGAUUUAAAGCUUACCGCUUUUCCAUAUCCUGGAGUCGGAUUUUUCCUGAUGGUUUGGGCACCAAAAUUAAUACUGAAGGGAUAAAGCAUUAUGACAACGUCAUCAACACAAUAAUUGACAAAGGUAUUGAGCCUUUCGUAACAUUGUACCAUUGGGAUCUUCCCUUAAAUCUUCUUGAGUUGACUGGAGGCUGGUUGAAUGAAGAAAUUGUGAAAUACUUUGGUAUAUAUGCAGAAACUUGCUUCUCUAGUUUUGGCGAUAGAGUGAAGAAGUGGAUAACAAUUAAUGGACCCUUUCAAACUUCAGUGAAUGGGUACUGUACUGGCAUAUAUGCCCCUGGAAGACGGGAACAUUCAUCAAAUGAACCAUACUUGGCUGCUCAUCACCAGCUCCUGGCACAUGCUGAAGCUGUUUCUAUCUACAACCAGAAAUUCAAGAAUAAGCAAGGAGGACAAAUAGGCUUAGUAGUGGAUUGUGAAUGGUCUGAGGCUUUAUCAGAUAAACUAGAGGAUAGGAAUGCUGCAGCAAGGUGUCUUGAUUUUCAGCUUGGAUGGUACCUGGAUCCAAUCUAUUAUGGAGAUUAUCCUGAAACAAUGCGCGAAAGACUCGGAGAUUGCCUUCCAAAGUUUUCCCAGAAAGACAGACAGUUGCUUAAGAGCUCUAUAGACUUCGUUGGCCUAAACCAUUACACAACAAGAUUUGUUGGUCAUGCGGAAGAUAAUGUUGAACGCAAUGAUUUCUAUAGAGCCCAGGAGGUGGAAAGAAUUGCUGAAUGGAAAAGUGGGGAGAUGAUUGGUGAGAAGGCAGCAUCGUCUUGGCUUUACGUAGUUCCUUGGGGCAUUUGGAAAGUUCUCAAUUACAUUACUUCGAGAUACAACCAUCCCGCAAUAUACAUAACUGAAAAUGGUAUGGAUGAUGAAGAGAGUGGCACAUCUCCAUUACAUGAGAUGCUCGAUGACAAAUUGCGAGUUUCUUACUACAAGGGUUACCUCGCUGCUGUGCAUCAGGCAAUUGAGGAUGGAGCAAAUGUAAGGGGUUAUUUUGCAUGGUCCUUAAUCGACAACUUUGAGUGGCAGUUAGGAUAUACCAAGCGCUUUGGUCUGAUUUAUGUGGACUACAAGAAUGGGCUAACGCGCCAUCUAAAAUCCUCUGCUUAUUGGUUUCUCCGGUUCUUGAAGGCUGGAGAAGAUGAUGAAAAUGGCAAAAAGGAGAGAGAUAGAGAGAAGCGAAGACGUGGCACAUGGUUGCGCCUCCGACGAUCGCCGAGCCUGAACUCCGCUGCGCCAGGACCGAAUAAAAGUCCAGAUCGCCACAUGGCUGCGCCUCCGACGCCGGAGAAAGUUUAG